UGGGGGACAGUGAAAUCAGCUGAUCUCAGUCUGUGGUGCUACACAGAGUUCUCCAUUCCACAUAAACCACAGCAACUGUAGGGAGUUAUAUUUCAGAAUUACACCAGUGCCUGUGUCUGAUGUCAAUGUGAAGAAUCUAUGUGAGACACGGAGUCAGCCAUUCACGUGCUGAGGUCAUUGAGCAAGAUUAAACAAGAGGUGGAAGACAGGGAAAGAGAGAGUGAGAGAGAGUGGCUUGCCGGAUGGCAGAAAGCUAGAUGUCCCAGUGAGGUCAGGUGUGACAGGAGGUCAUGGGGUCGUUUACACUGGGGAAAGCUGCUUCCCUGGAGCAACUAUUGGACACCUGCAUUCAUACAUUUGAUGAUGAAGGAGAUUUGCAUGAAAACCAGCUUCCUCGAACCCUUCUACUGAUGCAUCGCUGGUAUGUGUCGUCCACCGAGCUCGCUGGGAAACUUCUGAUGAUAUAUCGUGACUGUCGAGGAGAUGACUGUCAGCGGACACGACUGAAGAUCUGUUAUUUAAUGAGGUACUGGAUUGUUGAAUUCCCUGCAGAGUUUGAUCUGGAUCUGGGUUUGAUCCGUCUUACAGAAGAAUUCCGAGAUGCAGCCGCUCAGCUUGGUGGCGAUGAGCACAUUAAACUACUUGAUAUUUCUACGAUUCCUUCAUAUGACUGGAUGCGUAAACUGACUCAGCGAAAGAAGCAGGUGAAGAAAGGAAAAGCAUCACUACUGUUCGAUCAUCUGGAGCCCAUCGAGCUGGCUGAACACCUCACCUUCUUAGAGUACAAGUCCAUCAGGAGGAUAUCGUUCACAGAUUAUCGGAGUUAUGUAAUUCAUGGCUGUCUGGUGGAUAAUCCCACAUUAGAGCGCUCCAUCGCUUUGUUUAACGGGAUCUCUCAGUGGGUUCAGCUGAUGGUGCUCAGUAAACUCACCCCUCAGCACAGAGCAGAGGUCAUCAACAAAUACAUCCACGUCGCUCAGAAACUGCUCCAUUUGCAGAAUUUUAACACAUUAAUGGCUGUGGUCGGGGGUCUGAGUCACAGCUCGAUUUCCCGCUUGAAGGAAACUCACUCUCACCUCAGCCCAGAGGUCACUAAGAUCUGGAAUGAAAUGACAGAGCUGGUGUCAUCUAACAGUAAUUACUGUGCAUAUCGCAAAGCCUUCAGUGAAUGUGAAGGGUUUAAGAUCCCAAUCCUAGGCGUUCACCUUAAAGACCUGAUUGCUGUGCAUGUGGUUUUCCCGGACUGUGUAGAGGAUGGGAAAGUGUACAUUGUGAAGAUGCAGCAGCUGUAUCUCACCUUUAAUGAGCUGGUGUCUCUCCAAAGCGCCGUGGCUCAGGUGGAACCCAACAUGGAUCUGAUCUAUCUGCUCACUCUGUCUUUGGAUCUGUAUUACACAGAGGAUGAAAUAUAUGAGCUGUCCCUUCUCAGGGAACCCCGUAACCCUAAAUCUCAGCCCACAUCGCCCACAACCCCCAAUAAACCCCUGGCUCCACUGGACUGGGCAUCUGGCGUCACCACCAAACCCGAUCCCUCAGUGGUCAACAAACAUAUCAGGAAGGUUGUGGAUUCUGUGUUCCGUAACUAUGACCAUGACCAUGAUGGUUACAUAUCUCAAGAAGACUUUGAGAGUAUCGCUGCAAAUUUCCCCUUUCUGGAUUCCUUCUGUGUGCUUGAUAAAGACCAGGAUGGAUUGAUCAGCAAGGAUGAAAUGAUGGCAUAUUUUCUGCGUGCCAACCCAUUGCUACAGUGCAAAAUGGGGCCAGGUUUCAUUCACAACUUUCAGGAGAUGACCUAUCUGAAACCGACUUUCUGUGAACACUGCGCUGGAUUUCUUUGGGGGAUUAUUAAACAAGGAUACAAGUGCAAAGACUGUGGGGUGAACUGCCACAAACAAUGUCGUGAACUGCUGGUUUUAGCGUGCCGGCGUCUCCCUCGGUCCACCUCGUUGUGCAGCGUGUCAUCUGGAGCUCUCACACACAGCUCUCUACCCAGCAGCCCCACCCUGCUCCCCUGUAAAGAUGACGAUGAGGUGUUUACUUUCCCCACUGUCUCACCUUUGUCUGGUUCUGACCUGGAGGGAAAUUCCAUCACGCUGAUGACCGGUUCAGCCCAGCGGAUCUCAGUCCGGCUCCAAAGAGCCACCACCAGUCAGGCCACGCAGACAGAACCUUUAUGGCCCGAGAACGGCUGGGCUGCCAUAGCUGAUAGUGGUUCACACACCUUCCCAAAGAUGAGGUAUAGACCACAUCACAAAUUGUCUAAGAGCAAAGGCUUUGCAUGCUGGGAGAAUGACACACAGAGUUCAACAGGGUCGAACCGCACUCGCAGGGAUUCACAGGAGCCCAACAAAGAGCCACAGCAGAACGGAUUAACAGAACAACAUACGGACAAAACUGAGACCUCUGAGGGACCGGGUGCUGUGACAACACAAUACGCGAGCUGUGACAUUGCGAUGCGCAAGCAAAUUGACAGUUCAUCACGAUUGCCACUACGGGGAGAAAUCCAAAAGUUACAGAUCAGCUGACUUGUCCACUCUGUGGACCCAAGAAGGGCACCCUGGAUCCAGUCAGGACCACGGCCUAGAGGGCUAUCCUCUCUAGUGGGUGUGCUGGGGUGCUUUAUGCCUCCAGUGGAUCGGGAAUAGGUGCAGUAGGCAACCCGCUGACUGAACUGGGGGAAGGGUUACAUCAAAGAAAAGGUCUCAGACUAAACAGAGACUUUAAUGCUGUUCUCUCCUCUUUGGAGUUGUGAAUACUGGACUAUAAUGGACUGGUUGAAAACCCAGGAGACUACUAAGUAUCAGUGUAAACUGAUGUAACGGAUACAUUGGGGUUUACUGUGACAGGAAACUAAGUAAAUGUGUGUGACUGUGUUUGAGUGAGAGAAAAAGAGCAGGAGAGUUUUGUACAGAAAUAUCAGUGUCAAUGUUCUUAUUUAAGGGUUGAGGUGGACGUAUUCAACACAUGCUCUGCUUGGUUUGAUUUUAUACUCUGAAACACUACAAGGACAGGUUUGAUUUUUUGGAAGUUAAAGGUGGCACUGGCAUGUAUUGUUCCAGUGAGAAGAUAUGUAAGAUAGAAAAUUAAUAACACUAACUGCAUUUAUGUGUUUGCCCACAUUAUGAUCUGAAGUCUAAGGUACGGAGUCAAAGAUAAGUACCACAGAAAAACUAUUUUUAUAUACUAGAUCCUGGAUGUACUGAAAAACAGAUCUUCUUCAAAGAGCUAAACAUUGAUUGUUUCAAACAUGGUUGGCACCAUAGUUGUGCAGAACCUUUUUUGCUUUGCUGUGUUUGAUCCCUGUGCUUCAAAGAAAAGGCAUGUGCAAGAUAGAUGAAGUCCUUAAAGGGAUAGUUCACCCAAAAAUGAAAAUUCUCUCAUCAUUUACUCACCCUCAUGCCAUCCAAAAUGUGUAUGACAUUCAUUUCAUCUGCUGAACACAAAGAUUUUUAGAAGAAUAUUUCAAUUCUGUUCCAUACAUGCAAGUGAAUUGUGAUGAGAACUUUGAAGUUCAAAAAAAGCACAUAAAUGCCACAAAAGAGUAAUUCAAAUGUGAUAUUAUUGGUGUGGGUGAGAAAAAUAUACACGUUCUUCUUGUGUUUUUGGCAAUUCACAUUCUUUGUGCAUAUUGCCACCUACUGGGCAGGAGGAGAAUGUAUGUAAAAAAGGACUUAAAUCUUGAUCUGUUUCUCACCCACACCUAUCAUAUAUUUUCUGAAGAUAUGGAUUUAACCACUGGAGUUGAAUUAUUACUUUUAUACUGCCUUUAUAUGCUUUUUGGACCUUUAAAGUUCUGGCCACCAUUCCCUUGCAUUGUAUGGACCUACAAAGCAGAUAUAUUCUUCUGAAAAUCUUGGUCUGUUGAAAAAUGAAAUUCUGUCAUUAUUUACUAACCCUCAGGUUUUUCCAACCCCAUAAGACUUUCCUUUUUUCGUCGAACACUAAAGGAGAAGUUUAGCGACAGCUGUGGUCACCAUUGAGUUCCAUCGAAUGGAGCUUGGACAUUUUGCAUUUUGCUUGGACAUAUUUUGGUUUUCAAAUGACAGAAUUUACAUUUUUGGGUGAACUCUAUAAGGGAUAACCUCUGACCUUUUGCAUCAUUAAAUAGUUUUUUCUUAGCAACAUAUGCUUUAUAAGAGUGAAAUUAUCUUUAUAUAUACAUAAAUGCAGAGAUACUCUACUGACCAGGUGUGCUGUCGGCCAGGUGUUUGAAUGGCCUCUGUUGCUAAGCGUCAGAUGAUUAAGUUGGGCGACUAGUCCAUCGUCAAGGCAACACACAGAGUUCAGGGUCCUUUAGCGCCAUAUGUUCUGAAAUGAAUUUUACACCCAAAUCCCCUGGUGUGAAGGGUAGACAAAAUCUCAGCUCAGUGGGAAACUCUAAGGUAGACAGUCAGGCUAAGACGGGACAGGCCUGAUAUGAUCGUUUUUGCAGACAAUGUAUGUGAGAAAGAGUCAGUAACUAUAUAGGUAGAUCAACCAAUUAAAUACGAAAAACAGUGAUUAUCUUGAGUCUUUAAGCUCAUAGGAUUAGAUGCUUUUGUCAGUUAUGGAUAGCGGAGGCAUGUGAUGUUACUUGUGGAGUGGCAAUAGUUUGACUGGUUUAUGACUACCAGAGCCUUAGCAUACAAGAACCUUCUGUAGGUAAGUUCAAGGAGAGUAUUACUGAGGAAAUGUGUAUUUAUCAUCUCAUGGAAUAAUAUUAGCACACAUAUUAUUUCAUUCACGAGGUAUUUGAAAAGCAACAGCAACUGUAUCAGCAAAAUUUAAUGGAAAACAUUUUUACAUUGUAAAAUGUGUAAACCAGUGAUAAAUUAUUUUGCAUCAUAAAAUGUUAAACAUUGUACUGGUUGUAGUGAUUCGAAUGUUUCUGAUCAUGUUUAUGGUUGAUGUCUGGUCUACUGAAAAUGUUGCAUUUUCUACUAUAAUAAGAAAAAAUAUAUAUUUUUCAUUUCAACAUUAUCGACAUUUCAAAGUAAUUUUUAAUUGAGUCAUUCAUAUGUUUCUUCAUAUUCAUAAGGUGGUUUUCGUGUUUAUUUUGAACUGCAAUAUGUCUACAACAUUUUAAGCAGUCUAAUUUAUGGUUCUAUGUCGAAAAUUGGGUUGUCUGUGGAGUGAGCAGGUCAUCUCAGGGUCUCAGUGAAAAUAAGCUUGGCCCACAAAACUGAAUAUUAAACAUCAAAGGACUUUUACUGACUGGAUUAUUUAGGGAUGGGGGGACUGUUCAUCUAUCAUUUCUGAUUCAUGGUUAUUUUAAAACUAUUUAAAUUAUAGUGUAUUUUUCUAGAAUAACUGGAUUUAGAGUUUUAUAAUCUGCUUUAACUGGAAUGAUGUUUUUAAAGAUCUUUACUUGUACAAAGAUUUCCCAUGAUUUCUAUAUUGCACUCUAAUCCUUCCUCUGAUGCUGUUCAAAGGAAAACCUCUUAAUAAACAUCUAACCUGGCAUAGACGUAAGCUAUUUAUAACUUUACUUGUCAGUCUUACAAUAUAAAUACAAUAUUUGAAAUAAACUCAUGUUUAUGUUUGAUAUGUUUCCAAAUAACUGCUAUUAAACUGAUCAU